UUCCUUUUGGCGGUGCGCAGCACAUAGGACAUUGCGUAUGCGUAUGUGAUGGCUUCGUAAUGCCUCAUUGCUUUCUCUCCAGCCAUUCUUGUUCUCUUUCCUGAACCUUCCUUUCCCAGAAGCCAAACAAGUACUUCACUCACUCAUUUCACUCUCAUCAAUCAUUUCUUCUUAUUUAUUUUCUAAUUUAAGGAAACAGAAAGGAUUUCGAUUUGUUUCGUUAGAAUAACGAAGGCGAAAAUAUGUUUAAGAAGGCAGUAGAGGCUAAAUCGCAUCAGAGACUCUCUGGAGCCGACAGAAAGAAGCUUAAACGAACCAUCAAAGAUAGGUUUCCUCGCGCUUCUGACGCUGAUAUCGAUAAUUUACUCCCUCCUAAAGUGGAGAUAACUGUUGCAAAGUUUCAAAAUCGUGUCCAUGUAUUUGGUGUUGAAGGCGGCUUUCCUAUGUUUUUUGAUGUUGAUGGGCGAGGCACUGAAAUUUUUCCCGCAGUUUUUGCUCUCUGGAAGGUUCCUGAAUUGUUGCCUUCUUUUAUGCUUAAGGGUGGUGAGGUCUCUAGGUUUGUCAUUGGAGGGGCGGAUUUGAUGUUCCCUGGUAUUAACAUACCCGACGAAGGCCUACCCUCUUUUUCAUCUGGGGAAACAUGGGCAGUAAAAGUUCCUGGCAAUGCAGCACCUAUUGCAGUUGGAUCUACCACUAUGAGCAGCACUGAAGCCAAAAAAGCUGGAUUUCGUGGGAAGGCCUUAAGGAUAACUCACUAUUACCGAGACUUGCUUUGGGAGUCGGUUGAGGGCCAUUAUGUGCCAAAUGCAGGUUUCUUUGAAGAUGUUGUCUUUGAGGAUCCUGCUUUCGCAGCAUCGGUUCAUGUCUCUGAUGAGUGUCAUGCUACUAGUGAUGCUCCAUGUGAGCAGCAGAAUGAGGUUGAGAGCAAAGAAAUUGGGGAAUCUGCUGAUACAAAUGAUGUUAUAUCAGAACCUCAUUCCUCUUUAAUUGCAGAAGUUGAUUCUAAAAAUGAUAUUAUAGAACAAGUCACUGAAGAUGCAAGUAAUUUGAAAGUAACAGAAAAUGCUGUGGCUGAUGAAUCAACUACUGAGGAGCAGUACACAUUGUCAACUGCAGAUGUGGAUGCUUAUUUGGAUAAAUGCCUGUUGCAAGCCCUGCAUACAACUGUUAAGGACAAAGAUCUUCCAAUGCCCGGUAGCACUUUAUGGUCCAACCAUGUUUUACCUUGUAGGCCAUCUGGUAUGAUGCUAGAUAUCAAGAAGUCAUCCCACAAGAAAUUAUCUAAGUGGCUACAAUCCAAAUCAUCUGCAGGAUUGAUCGCAGUAAAGGAAGACAAAUUUAAAAAGGAGACUGUCCUAGUUUCUGUUAAUCGCAGUCACCCAGAUUUCUUGUCCUUCAAGCCAGAGAAGAGGCAGGAACAAAAGGUUGAUCAGGCUGUUGACCAAGCUACUAAUGAAAGUCGUCAAAAGAAAAUGCUUGAAGUGGUAGAAAUAUACAAACCAAGUGUUCAUGUCAAUCCCAUUUUUGCUUCUGUUGGUGCAGAUACUGGGAAACUUUAUAGUGCUUCAGAAGCUUCUGAUAUUGUCUUCAAGUAUAUUGAGAAAGAAAAUCUAGUUAAGCCAACCAAUAAGGCCUUUGUAGUUCUAGAUCCACCACUAUGUGAUGCUUUGUUCAAGGGAACAGUUAAGAAAGGAUCGACGUACCCUACAGAGAUUCACAAGAAAGAUCUGGGAUUGACAUUUGUAAGCCGGAUGCAAGCCCAUUAUGUUGUGUCCAGGGGAAGUGAAUCAGUUGUUCGUAAAGGUUCACUGAAGACCAUUCAAAUUGUAACAGAAAGGCGACAGGGUAACAAGAAGGUGACAAAAGUCUCAGGUGUAGAAACAUUUUUGAUGGAUGCUGAAGCAUUGGCAUCAGAGCUGCAGAAAAAAUUUGCCUGCAGUACAUCCGUGCAAGAGCUACCAGGCAAGAAGGGGCAGGAGGUUCUCAUUCAAGGUGGUGUGAUUGAUGAUGUAGCACGGCAUCUGGUUGAACAAUAUGGGGUUCCAAAGAGAUAUAUUGAGGUUCUUGAUAAAACCAGGAAAUGAGAAGUGAACUUAAUGGUGGGUUUGAUGAGGGGUGGAAGGUGCAAUUGCUUAACUACAACUUACAGCCUUAUGAGCCAAAUUGGUGAUUUAUAGUUUUGAUCUAUCCCAGAGAUAAAUGCUUGAGGCAGGUUAGAAUUGAGUUUUUCCUCAAUUUUUUUUUUUAAUACCAAAGACCAAAAAGAAAAAUAAGAAAAGGUAGAAAAACUUUCUUCUGGGACAAAAUAUCAGUGUAUAAAGUUUGAUAAGUUGGUGUUUGUAGUUGUAUUGAUUAUGAUACAUUUGUUUGUAAAUUUUCAUUCUAAAUGCUCUCUGCUUUCUUAUACCAA